CUCUAAUCAUUAAUCAUCUGUUCUCUGCGAAAGGACAUAGUUUUUGGCUACUCCCGUUCAUUUCCCGGUCGUUCCUUCCUCGAAGCCGACCAAUAUAUCGCGAGGGUCAAUAUACCGCCGAAAUAUCGUUGGAUAUCGCGAUAUAUCGGCAAUUUCAAUUGCUCGUCAAUUUAUUGCGUUUCGGUUUCGAUUUUGAGGAUCUGAAAUGUUUCAUGUUUCGACGUUUCACUCGUGGGUUUUCCGUUUCGUAUUGUCAUCUCGCGAUACUUUAAACUUAUCUUCAUAUCGCGAUAGACAUAGACUUAUCGUUAUAUCGCCAUACUUUGGACUUAUUGCGUAUCUUUAAUUUAUCGUAUCGUAUCGUCUCGUCUCUCCUGGUUCUCUGUUCCAUCCUUCCAUGUUAAGUGUAACCUGUACAAGCUGAGUCUUUCGGCCCGGGCGAUUCUUCAUCUUCUCCUUCCGUAGAUCGAUUGGUUUCUGGGCGCAAUUUCUGGGUACUAUUUUUAUUUCUCUUCUCUUUCAUAAUCUGCUGAUUUCCUCGGAUCGCUUCUGUAUUUUAUCGUCGGAUAUAAGAUCUUUUCAUCUGAUUUCUGUGCCUCCAUCAAUGAAGGAGAAUCGACGUCUCCUCCAUCCCUAAACAUAAUUAUACUGCUGAAACUUUGGAUUAGAGGUGGCGAGAUGGCCUUUACAAUAAGUCAUGUUCUGAUUCAUGUUUGCGCGGAGGCGAGAGGUGUUUCGUUCUGUGAGAGAUGGGAAUUUGGGAUUUUCUAGCUCUCAUUUUUGGUUCGGGAGCUAGUCAAUAUCUUUUCGUGUUUGAAAGAAAUAGCGCUGUGAGUCUGUGCGUAAUGAUACUGAGGUGAAGCGGUGUGGGGUUUGGAUUUAAAACCUACUUAGAAAAUUCGUUAGGGCUGAGAUUGUUCUGGAACUGGAAGGGUGCAAGUGCUGCUCGGUUGUAGCUGUGGCUGUUAUACACACAAGAAUCGAUUAAUGCCAAUUCUGGGUACAUCAUGUCUUCUGGUGGUCGGUUAUCUGUUUUUCUGUGAUAUCUUAUAUGGGGUUCAAUCGAUUUAACAUUUGAGGACAGGUAAGAGCUGAGCGAAGAUUGAAGCGUGAAAAAUUCUUGUUCACGUUGGAUGGAGCUUUUAGAUUGAUUUGACUGCAUUAACAUAGCAGUCCCUUUGGGCAUUUGGUUGAGAUUGUUUUGUUCCCACUUGAUCAAUCGAUGAGUUGAUUCGGAUUUGAGUAAUGAUGAUUUCUACUUGUUUGUUUUAUGUUGCUGGGUACAGAGGUUGUAAAGAGAGCUCAGGAAGUGAAGACUAGAGAGAUACACAUAAAAGGAGGAGGUCAGUAUUGGAAAUGGCUUCAGUGGUGAAGGGUGUGGUGAAUGCUAUCAAAGAGAAAGGCGUUGGUGGCUUCUUGCGCGAGCUGAGGAGAGAAGGCUACUUGAAGUGUAUUUUGGAUGGGAACCUUCUGCAAACCAAAAUCCAUAAUAUAGGGGCAACAGUGGUUGGGGUCGACAAAUUCGGCAACAAGUACUAUGAGAAGCUUGGAGAUACCCAAUAUGGGAGGCACCGUUGGGUUGAAUAUGCAGAGAAAGGUCGAUAUAAUGCUUCUCAGGUGCCACCAGAAUGGCAUGGUUGGCUUCAUUUUAUAACUGAUCACACUGGAGAUGAGCUUUUGAUGUUGAGGCCAAAGAGAUAUGGCGUGGCUCACAGGGAGAAUCUCUCUGGAGAAGGUGAAGAUCAGAUUUACCACUCUAAAGGACAUGCACUCAACCCAGGGCAGAAAAACUGGACUAGGUACCAGUCCUGGGAACCAGCAAAGAAAGAGUAAUAAUCUGAAGAUUCCAGAUUCUGGUAAAUUUGGAAAUCCCGAGUGUUGCGGUCCAAUUCCCAUCAAUAAGUGCAUUGGAACUUGUCUUGUGUGUUGCAUAGGGAGUCUGCAUUUGCUUAGCUCUUAAAAGACACAGUUUUCAGACAUAAGCCCAUAUGAAUAUAAAUAUUCCAUUCCAAAAAAAAAGAGCAAGUUCGAAACAAUUGGGAUUUUGUUUGAGAUUGGAUGCAGUUACUAAUUCAUGAUCUGGCAUGUACAGAAUGAAAACUUCAUUCUCGAUUCUAUUCAGAUAAAUUGAGGCUGGAGAAUGUGCUAAAUAUACCUUAUUUCAAUUGCAAUUUGCUUUCAGUUAGCAAGCUAGCAAAGGAUCAUAAUUGUGUGCUAAUGUAGGCUAUCUUCUUACCGAGCGGGAAAGGGUUUUCAUAUCUUCCUUGUACAGAUAAAAGAACUAUAUAUGCUCUUGCGGUAGUCUUGAUGAUACGAUCCUGGAAUCGAUCGAAUUCCAUCCAGGAUUAAUCGUCAAAGAGGCCAAGUCGAAUUGCAAAGAAAAAGCUGAAAAUUGUCCAAGUCAUUUUCCGUGUUCAAGCAGCCAACUUUGGAGGGACGUUUCUCUUAAUUGGCUCAAUGGAAAUUCAAGUUUAAUGACUUGUGUUGAACAUGGAGUGAUUAUUUACACAUUGGUAUGCUUGGUUGCUCAAGAAAAAGUCAUUAAGGUUGUUUUCCAAAGCCUCAAAGUUGCUACCUCAAAACUGGAAAACUGCCAGAAAAUGGUUAAGUCUGGAAACUGUUUUGUGAAGCCUACUUUGGAGCUCAGUUCAAGGAGCAUGGAUCUGAUUCGAGACCAAAGGCUUCUACAACAUAAAACUAGGUAUGUUUAUAUACCAAGGGAAGGAAUUGGAUGAAAGAUUGAAGUUCCGGAAAGCCUUGAACGAAAGGCGCGAAGUUAGUACGAAAGCUGCUUUUGGACUGUUUGCUGGCAGCUUACUUGCACUUGAAGAAAGAGAGUUUUAAAUC